CAGCUUGAUGAGGGCACGCAGUGCUCGUGUACUGAGAAGUUAUUGAAUAGCAAGAUGCCGUCUGACAAGGCAAAAAUCGUCAAAGUUGUAGAGAUCGGCUACGCGUUAGAUGUGACAGCGCAUAGCUGGCCCAUAGCACGGCAGGCAGUCGGUUACGGCGUCGUCACCCUUCUCAUGGGACUCGCUCUGAGGUCAAGCCGAGCGGCUGGGAAAUGUCUCUUCGUCAUCGGCAGUCUGCUGGUGUUGUUUGUCCUGGAACCCAUCCCGUACCAAGUCUCGUCUAUGUUGCCAUUGUUCCUCUUCCCACUGGCAGGGCUUCUCGAGGCUAACAAAAUCACUGGAGCCUACAUGAACGACGACAUCCUGACAUCGAUAUCAUCCAUUCUGGUUGCCCUCAUUGUGAUGAAGUCUCCGCUGAGUCGACGCGCUGCCCUGUGGCUUCUCUGCUGGACAGGUGUCAAAGUGAAAACGGUAAUGCUCAGCGUUAUGAGCCUUGUGUUCUUCGUCUCCAUGUUUGUGAGCAGCACCAUGACGACGGGACUUCUUGUUGGCUUCAUCGACGCUCUCAUCUUCGAAAUCUAUGCCAAUAAUCUACGCGUUCGAUAUGCCAUGUACACACGAGAGACGCACGAAGCAGCGCCGGCACAAAUCGACUUCGUCUUCAGAGAACCGGCUUCUAGCGUCGAUCUUUCCAUAUCGAUGGAGUAUUUUCCACCACAGACCGGUGCGCAAUCUUCGCGCGGCCAGGGAGUAGGGCGUAAACGUGUCGUCGAGAAAAUGGUAAUACUGGACAAAAAUGACCAAUCACCACAAUCAGUAGAGGAGACACUUAGUCUUCCUCCUGGUCUCUUACGUCCCAUCGACGCUGUUAGAACUCCGGAGGAACGCAGAAAAGACGUCUUGAACAAGCUAGAGAUUUUGGGGGUCAACCUCGGAUCAUUGGGCUUGCGACUUACAGAGACGCGUGACACUCAAGGAACGAUGGGAGAACAGAAAGAAAUCCAAAGAACCGAUGAGAGUGCGUCCAAGCUCCAAGAAGGCGGGAAGACGAGCGAGAAGAUAUCUCAGGGAGCGACCAAUAGAAGCGCGUCUGUGUCCGACACGACUAAAGAACCGAAAGAGGACCAGGAGCAAGCUGAGGUGAAAGAAACUCCAGGCGAGAGUUUCAAAUGGAAAACACCUCCAAGUGCAAGCGGAGCGUCAGCCGGCGUCAUUACGACUGGUAUCGUAACACCAACUCCAGUUGACGCAUCACGCACCUGUGCAAUCUUCACUCCUUCUUUAGGUGCCCUACUCUCGGAACCACCGGGUGUGGUGCUGGCACAGUCUGUUACUGGGUUGGUGUCACAACCAGUAGCUGGAACGUUAACACAACCAAACACUGGAAUUGUAUCACUGCCAACGGCUGGGGUGUUUACACCAACAAUGACAGGACAGACUUCACGACCACUUGCUGCAGUACUUACACCGUCAAUGCCAGGACUGUCUUCGCAACCAGUGGCUGGAAUGUUUACACCGUCAGCGACUGGUUCCGUCUCACAACCAGUGGCUGGAACGCUGACCCUACCAAUGACUGGAACUGCGUCACAACGAGUGGCUGGGGUGUUUACACCAUCCGUGGCUGGAACGAUGUCACAACCAGUGUCUGCAGUGUUGGCACCAUCAAUGUCAAGACUGGCUUUUUCGCGUCCAGUGACGGGAGUGCUGACACCGUCGGUGACUGAAUUCAUCUCACAGCCAAUACGUGGAACGUUGACACAACCACCUACUCAAAUUGCGUCACAACGGUUGGAUGGGGUGUUUACACCAACAAUGUCAGGACUGACGUCACACCCACUUGGUGCAGUACUUACAUCGUCAAUGCCAGGACUGACUUCGCAACCAUUGGCUGGGGUGUUGACACCGUCACUGACUGGAGUCGUCUCACAGCCAAUGGCUGGAACGUUGACACGACCAAUUACUGCAACCACGUUACAACCAGUGGUUGGGGUGUUUACACCAUCUGUGGCUGGAACGGUGUCACAACCAUUGUCUGCAGUGUUGGCACCAUCAAUGUCAAGGCUGGCUUCGCAUCCAGUGACGGGAAUGCUGACACCCUCGGUGACUGAACUCAUCUCACAGCCAAUGACUGGUACGUUUACACCACCGAUUACUGGAAUCGCGUCACCACCAGUGGCUGGGGUGUUCACACCAUGUUUGGCUGGAACGGUGUCACAACCAUUGACUGCGGUAUUGACACCAUCGAUGUCAGGAUUGGCUUCGCAUCCAGUGGCGGGAGUGCUGACACCCUCAGUGACUGAAUUCGUCUCACAGCCAAUGGCUAGAACGGUGGCACGACCAAUUUCUGGAAUCGCGUCCCAACCAGUGGCUGGGGUAUUUAUACCAUCAGUGGCUGGAACGGUGUCACAACCAUUGGCUGCAUUAUUGACACCAUCAAUGUCAGGACUGCCUUUGCAACCAGCUGAUGGGGUGCUACCACCCUCAGUGACAGAUUUCGUGUCACAACGAGUGGCUGAGACGUUGACACCGCCAAUGAGUGCGAUUGGGUCACAACAAAUAGCUGGGGUAUUUACACCAACGACAGGACUUGCUUCACAACCUGUGGCUGGAGUACUGACACCAACAUCUUGUAGAAUGAUGACACCGAUCAUGGCUACUGGCUGGCAACCUCUUAUCAGUGGACUAGUACCAGCGACACUGGUAACUGGAAGUGCUCUAGAUGGUAGCCCCCAAACGAGGAUAGUGAGUGAAAGAGAACACCUACCGACGCGAACGGAUGGAAAGCGAGUAUCUGAUGGCAUAAGUCCUUGGCAGGUAUUACCCCCAGAAAAGCUCGUAACGGUUAGUCCGAAGCAAAUGAUAAGUAAGUGCGUACAAGAAGGAGACGGACUUCUAUUGAGUAGACCUAUUGUGAGCGAAAGGAAAAUACCUGAUAAUAGAAGUCUUGACAGGCCUGGAGACAGGGAAUGGAAGCAAGGAACUGGACACGUCGAAGCCAGGACGGCAACAACUGCAGCCAUCAAGAAAAUCCACGAGACACCAUUAACUGAUAAAGAUGUGCUAGGGAAUGCUUCUAACGAUGCAGGACUUCGAACAGUGGAGGGAGUGCCGGACUUCGGAAGGUACACCCACAGCGAUGAGGGGUCGUCGCAAAAUAAUGUGGAGUCGCAUAUGGUGCCACAAAUGGCUGACUCCACUGCACAUGAUAAGGGAUCACGUGACGUCACGCCUAAUCUGGAUGACUUGGAGCACGCUGGUGGAAUGCACAUAAUGUCACCAGCCGCUGUAAGCGAGGUGGCAACUCCUGCGAGCCGAGAAAGUCCCGAGAACGUUAUGAGUCCGAGGGGCUCGAAUGCAGGUCAGGAGGAAUCUGACGACAGAAGUCAUAGCAGUCCAGAUGUUGAUCAUACGAGACACCCUUUUUCGAAAGAUCAUGUUGUAGGGUUCUGCACCGUUGACGAUGGAUCACCGGCAAGAGGAAUUGGAGGCGACCUCUUCAACAUACUCAAAUCACCAGUAGAUUCUACCUUCCUCAGCGAUGCCCCAGGUAGCUUCUCAACAACAGCAAUCUGCGACGAACUGCAUCGCCUGCCGUCGUCAACAAGCUUCAAAGAGCUGUAUUUAAACCCAGUAGUGCCCAUACCCUUCUCAGUUGAAGACGAGAAAUGUCAUAUUUUUAAAUUGAGGGCUGCGAAGGUACGACCUUCGACCACUCGUAAACGCCGACGACUUAUGCUUCGUAAGAAGACACUACAUUCCUUAAGACACCGAGAUUCAGUACCUAGCGAAACCUCCAUCUCUAUUCAGUAUCCAGUAGAAAUCUUGUACUCUUCAGAAACGGCCACGUGGGAUAGUAAACCACGGCACGAUCCAUCCUCUGCGUACAACCCAUUGUUUGCAACAGACGUGGCGUUCAAGCUAAAUCCGCUGAAACGAAAAAUGUCGUGGUGGUUGCCGACGCGCGCAGAAGCUGGAGACACGCACGACUUGCUGUCAAGAUCUAGUGAGAAGAUAAUGUCAAUGAAGAGAAAUUAUCAUAUUUACGGAAUGACGGAACUGACUUCUGCUGUGGGUGUAGAGGACGGGAAGUCGGUGGUACAGGCAGAAAAAAAGGAAACAAGUCCUCUGCAAAAAGUCAUCUUCGAAGAGAAAGAAAAGGCUAAGGGCUUGCGUGCAGCCCUUCUGCUUGCUUUGGCGUACGCGACAAACUUCGGCGCUACUGCCUCUGGUGGCUCCACUGCCAACGUUUAUCUCCGCCAAUACAUCACCAGCCACUACCUCUCGAUCGACAUGACUUUCUUCGGCUGGUGGGUCGUGCACUUUCCUUUCUCCUUAGUCAUGAUGAUCGUGGCCUCCUCGGUGAUCCAGUGCCUGCUCGUUCGAAAUUAUGACAACGACGACACGGGUAUCGAUCCACCUUCGAAAACGGUUAUCAUGGAUAGACUCGACAUCAUGGGACAUGCUACGUACCGUGAAUUCAUCGUGGGUUUCUUGUUUGUGCUGAGUCUCAUUCUUUUAGUGUUUCGCGAUCCAUUCUUUAUGCCUGGCUGGGCUCUAUGGCUGGGGAUCGAAAGAGACAUAAGGGACGCGUCGGUGGGCAUCAUGAUUGGUCUGCUCGCUUUCCUCUUUCCCAGCGAGGUCCUGCCAGAUAAAGGCAACGCUCCUAUCCUGGAAUGGACAGACCUCCACAAGCGUCUACCUUGGGGAGUCAUCUUUCUUCUAGGCGGCGCUGCAACCAUAUCCACGGCCAUAGAAGAAAAUGGUCUGUACGAAUCGCUGGAGCAAACACUGCUCAAUGUGCCCGCGGAGUCCGUGGAAUUCCUGCAGUACCUGGUGGUCAUCGUCAUCGGCUGUCUUGGUGAAGUCACAACGCAGGAGAGCAGACUCAAGCACUUCAUUGGCAUUGGAGGCAAAUUGGCAAAGAAAUUCGAGCGCAGGCCUCUGUACUUUCUGCUGCCCAUCAACAUCAUGUGCCAAUUCUCGCUCAUCUUACCGUCAUCGGCUCCAGGAAACGCCAUGGCCUUUGAAAUGGGGAGCAUGACAUCUCUACAAAUGAUCAUGCCAGGCAUCCUCAUCAAGGUUAUUGGUGUUGUCCUCUACAUGAUCAUCGUCAAUAGCAUCGCCUUGACUUCCUUCAGCAAGGAAGACUACACACCCCAUUCAAAAUUAUUUGAAAACACAACUGCGAACAUGACACGCUUCACAACUAUUCAUCACGCAAUUAUAGACAUCGGAUAACGACCUUAUCUACUUGCUACUAUAAUUACUAGCUCGAUAAUUUAGUCGUAUUUAGAGGCCCACGUGUGCCAGUACUGGAAUAAACGAGAAUUUGAAACCAAAUCUGUUAUGGACGGACAUCUGGGAGCUCCUCAGCGCUGACGUCACAGGCGAAACAGCCUCGUGCAGGCAGGACCACCUCUUGAUGGGUAGAGGUAUAAGGCUUAUCAACUCCCGGUUUGGCGUCCGAUUAUCUUGAGCAGUGAUGGUCAAAGUACCUCAAAAUACACACUCCAACGUACUAUAUUGCCGAUUUCGUUCGCAUCACAUUGCAUUUGUCUUAAUUAUGUAGAGGAGGUGGUAUUCAUAUACAUGAGUCCUGACCGGCGAUGACGGAAUGUCCCAGCGGGCAGAUGUGCGUGGCCUCACGCCAGGACGGUGCCGGUAGAACUGGCCGCCAGACGCAGUGGCACGCGGCAGCAGAGGCAUGUCUUCAUCGUCAUCCACGGGCCGCCACAUCACUCCCCCCUUCAGACGCGGAGCGAUGCAUGCGGUUGAGGUCCGCGUCGAUACCAUGAAGAGGAGAAUGAGGAAGACUCGUGGGUGGUGGACGACUGGACAGACGGCUUGUGACUGUGGCUGUUGAUGCAGCAGCAGCGGGAUGGCGGGAACAAGAGCGUUGCGAUCCGGGCGGGUUCCAGUGAUGAGAUAUGAAUGCUGAGUGGUUGACUGCUUGGAUGCUUGAGUGGUUGCUGAUUGUGUUGGGCGGCGCUGAGUGCGUUGUGUUGUGUUGAGUGAUCGUUGCUGCGUUGCUUGUUGCUGAGUAGUGCUGAGUAAGUGUGUUGAGUGAUCGUUGCUGAGAGCUGAUUGUUGUUGGGUGAGUGCGUUGCUGAGUGGGCGACAGUACCGCGACCAGUACAUAAGCGUGGAUGCUGCUUGUCGCCAUUCGCUGGAUUUUCUACCAAUUUACCUUGAUGGAGAAAUAUGUCUAAAGUGGCAUCGGUGAGAAAUUGUUUCAUAUAUACUGCUUGUUAUUGCAGACAUAUUUUGUGUGGGUUAGUUGCUGUUUCACUUGCCUCUCACGUGCUGCUGUUGCAUUUCAGCGAUGCGUUAUGUUGACCCUCCUGUGUGCACAUCUGAUGCCCUUGGAUCCACUAGCUACGCUGAUAGCACUUGAUACAUUAACUCACCCACAUGCAAACGGGAAUACAGGGCUCUGCACCUGAAUGCAUCACCGUGAAGUUGAACACGAUGGAGAACGCACAGGUACAAGUACGAGCACACACAGCGUUCAACUAGCAUCUGGCUUAUUUGGACAAGCACCUCUAGUCCAAAUAAAUGUGUUGCUAAUUGAGUGCUGUCCGUGUUUGCUGUCCUUGUCCGUUCUCCAAUAUGUUAAUUCCAAACAGACAUGCUCUACACAUUCUUGCACUGUAAAGUUCUCAAGAUAAAGCAAUAUUUCAAAGUCAUGCUUUGCUUAACCUUUUAUUGUGCAGUCCAAUGUAGGUCUACACCUGAAGAAGAGGCCGGGGCCACAGAAGUGCCGGGGAGGACCAUCGUGAAGCAGGUGGAGGCUGGAAACUCUGCCUACUGUGGUCUCCCAGCGGAUCCCCUGUGGAACAGUGGUCUCGGUGCGACUUGCCUGUUAGGGUGGUUCGCUGGUGGUUUGCCGAAAAAAUUAGGAUGGUGAAUGGCCGAAUUACGCCGAACAUGGUGUUCGUUGUUCGGGUCACCAAAUGUAGAGGAGGUGGUGUUCCUCUACAUGAGUCCUGAUCGGCGAUGGUGGAAUAUGUCCCAGCGAGCAGCUGUGCGUGGCCUCACACUGGGACGGUGCCGGUAGAACUGGCUGCCAGGCGCAGUGGAACGCUGCAGCAGAGGCACGUCUUCAUCGUCAUCCGCGGGCCGCCGCAAUUAUAUCUUGCUUUUUUAGCAGAGCUUCAGGAAGUAUUUUUAGCGAGUGCUUUGAAGGUAUGAUGCCCUGGUGGCUGAGCGUGAACUGCAUCAGUUGGUGUAAUUUACAUGGAAAAUAGUACUACACUCUGCGUGAUCAAUGUUAGUCUCCUUGCCUGGUACGUGUUCUGGUGCCCAUCCUUUGGUACAAUGUGCAAAUUUUAGACAAAAGCACAAACCAACAGAGAUUAUGCACUUGAGAAAGCAGCAUUCCUUGCUGCUUUCCGAUAUAUCACACGGUUUAAAAAUAUG